UCCUCGCUCCUUUAUCUCUCCUCCCUCUCGGCGCAGCGCCCCCCCAGUCUCUUCUCCUCCCGUCACGCUCCCCACCCCCUCCCGCCAUUUCCCCGUUUUACAGUCCAAAACCCCCGCCCAAAUCAAACCCUAACCCUAGCAAGGAGACGACGAUGCCGAAGGCCGGCGGCGGGGGCGACGAGGAGGAGUUCCGCGCCGAGGUGGAGGAGCGGCUUAUCAACGAGGAGUACAAGAUCUGGAAGAAGAACACGCCGUUCCUCUACGACCUCGUCAUCACCCACGCGCUCGAAUGGCCCUCGCUCACCGUGCAGUGGCUCCCCGACCGCACCGAGCCCGCCGGCAAGGACCACUCCGUGCAGAAGAUGGUGCUCGGGACGCACACCUCCGACAACGAGCCCAACUAUCUCAUGCUCGCGCAGGUCCAGCUCCCCCUCGACGACGCCGAGGCCGACGCGCGCCACUAUGAGGACGACCACGCCGAGAUCGGCGGUUUUGGGGCUGCAUCCGGCAAGGUGCAAAUAGUUCAACAGAUAAAUCAUGAUGGAGAAGUUAAUCGGGCUCGAUAUAUGCCCCAAAAUUCAUUUAUAAUUGCUACUAAGACAGUCAGUGCAGAAGUGUACGUCUUCGAUUAUAGCAAGCACCCAUCCAAGCCUCCACUGGAUGGUGCAUGCAAUCCUGAUUUACGGCUAAAGGGACACAACUCUGAAGGAUAUGGCCUGUCUUGGAGUAUCUUUAAAGAGGGCCAUUUGCUGAGUGGAUCUGAUGAUGCUCAAAUUUGCUUAUGGGACAUCAAAGCAAAUGGUAAAAAUAAAACCCUUGACGCAUAUCAGAUUUUUAAGUAUCAUGACGGUGUAGUUGAAGAUGUUGCUUGGCAUUUGAGGCAUGAAUACCUAUUUGGCUCAGUCGGUGACGAUCAUCACCUGCUAAUUUGGGAUUUACGCAGUCCUGCACCUACCAAGCCUGUACAGUCUGUUGUGGCACACCAGGGUGAGGUGAAUUGCUUGGCGUUCAAUCCUUUCAAUGAAUGGGUUGUUGCAACUGGUUCAACUGACAAGACUGUGAAAUUGUUUGAUCUUCGGAAGAUCGAUACUUCGCUGCACACCUUUGAUUCUCAUAAAGAGGAAGUAUUUCAAGUUGGAUGGAGCCCGAAGAAUGAAACCAUACUUGCAUCUUGUUGCCUGGGCAGAAGGCUGAUGGUUUGGGACCUAAGCAGAAUUGAUCAGGAGCAAACACCAGAGGAUGCUGAAGACGGUCCGCCUGAGCUUCUGUUCAUUCAUGGAGGCCACACAAGCAAGAUCUCUGACUUCUCCUGGAACCCGUGCGAAGAUUGGGUGCUUGCUAGCGUUGCUGAAGACAACAUCCUUCAGAUAUGGCAGAUGGCGGAGAACAUCUACCAUGAUGAGGAUGAUCUUCCGAGUGAUGAGCCGGCAAAAGCUUCUUGAAACCAUUAAUUGUACAACACCUAAGGAGACAGGAUACUACCUAGUCUUGUUGAUUUUAGGAACCUUCUGUGAUUGAACCCGUUGGCCUAGUUGGAUUUGCAGCAACAGCGUGUAUGUCAGUUAUACUCAUACCUCCAGGUCCAGCAGUACAUACCAGUUUGACUACCCGUUGUGGUUGGAUGCAAUUACCUGUUUUUUUUUU